UUGAGUUUAUGGUUGUAAUUUGUAGGGUAUAACAAACAGAACCCCUUAAACAAGUGCCUGAGCCUUGUAAAUAACCGACUGAGGUGAGCAAUGAAAGGAGCUUCAUUACCAACAUAUUGGCCUUUGACAUGUCAGAGACCAUACAGAAUACAUGUCAAGUGUCUUUAAUGUCCAAUCGUGCUUGUUAAUUAUGCAUCAAGGGGUGGGUAUAUAAAAGCCAACCGGACCUACCCAAUGCAAGACUAAACUGUCGUUGAUUCACCAAAGCUGGUCCAGCAUGAAUCUUCUCAGAAUUUUAAGUGUUCUUAUCCUUUCGCCUCUGCUUUGGACACAAGCGACCAACAAGGCUGGAUAUGGCUCUUUGGAUUCAGUACCAGGGACCUCUGUAACCAAGCGUUCUUCUGGAUAUCACUUUCCUCCUUAUAUGAUGCAUCUUUACAGAAGUUUGAAGUCCGCAAAUCAGUCUGGAGCUUCGAAAAGCGAUGAGCAAAAAGCAGUGGUGAAAGAGCUCGACACUGUCAGAAGUGUAAUUGCGAAAAGUAAGGAGUGUGUAUGUGUGUGUUUUGAACGAAUUGGAGGUCAUUGGGUUGCCACGUUUGAUUUUUCUUCACUGCUCACAGAUGAAGAACUUCAGAUGGCUGAGCUAAGAAUCAGGCUACCCAGAUUUCCAACUCCCACCAAUUCCUCAGUGGAAGUCCACCACACACAUGGAUAUCCCUGUAAGAUUGGAAUUUGCCUCGAUCAGCAACAAAUUGGUUUAUUCUCUGCGUCAUCGGUGAUGAACUCAUCCACCAACUGGAAAGUCUACAAUGUAACGGGACUAUUAACUGGAUGGUUUAAUAGAAACAUGUAUUCCAACAAGUUAAGAAUUAAGAAAACAAAGAAAGUCAAACCAGUCAAGGGGAGCCUAGGGGGCCACAGAAUCACCCUGCCUUCCAGGGAAAAGCCACAGGAUCAGUAUGCUGUCAACGAUAGGGUCUUACUGGUUGUCUUUUCCCACUUGAAAGCAAAAGGGGGACCCUCGGCCAGCCUGCUCCGUACAGCUGAACAAUCCAAAUUUGUUGUUGGUGACAGAAAGGGUGAAGAUAAACAGCAAAAAAGACACAAACGCAACAGAAAACAAAGAAACUGGCCUGUAAACCCCCUACCGGAACAUGGGGCGGUCAGCAGACCCCUCUGUCGUAGAGUGGAUUUGCACAUAGAUUUUAAUCGAAUUGGCUGGGGCUCAUGGAUUGUCUUCCCCAAGCGAUACAAUGCAUACCGCUGCAAAGGUGCGUGCCCUACCCCUGUUGGAGAAGACUUCAAGCCCACGAAUCAUGCAUACAUGCAGAGUCUGCUGAAGCAUUAUCACCCUGACCGGGUUCCCUCUCCAUGCUGUGUUCCGACCAAAAUGAGCUCACUGAGCAUGCUGUAUCACGAGAACAAGGAGGUGGUGCUCCGGCACCAUGAGGAAAUGAUUGUGGAAGAAUGUGGCUGCCACUGAAGAACCAACAGCGAAGAUAUGAAUUGAUAUCUACCUGAAAUUACAGCAGCAGGACCGCUGCUUUCUACAAGCAGAGGCAACGGAAACUUCCAAACAGCUAGAGCAGGUUAAUACCUGAAGGAGCUUGAGGAAAGUGAAACACCUGCAUGCAUCACAAAGAAAAUGAAAACACUGUGAAUACUGUAACUUUAUUACAGUACCACAUUGCUUGUGUAUGGUUCUCAGUACAAACUGACACACUUUACCAUUUGGUGCCAUGAAGAUGCCACUGAUGUUUUUCAAGGUUUAUAGUACUUUCAUCUUUAUUGAAUGGCUGGGUGAUAUAAUGCAGAGGAGGCCAAACAGAAAUUAUAAUGGUAUUGCAUUUAAGCAUAAAAGAUUAGUUUUUAUUAGCUAUCAAAGUAGAGCACUAACAAGAUCUGGGGGAGAGGGGGUGGUUAUGUCACCCAUCACAAGAAUGGUCUUUAAAGAAUUGUGCUAUGCAUUGCAGAUAAAUAAUAAGAUUGUAGUUUUAAAUGGUUGUCUUUACUAAUAAAAUACCAUUGACCUCUCCACUGCUGUCUUUAUACUGACACUGAAUGGAUCGAGAGACCAAUUAAGCACUCUGAUAUUUCAUAUGUAGACUGCAGCCAGCGAUAUAAAAAAGGCCAUUUUAAGCUUCUAUAUUAUUGUAAAUAUUGUAUUAAUUAAAAGUUAUCUAUUUAGAUAUUAUUUUACUAUUCUGCCACACAGGGAAAUAAAUCUAUUCACAUAUGAAUUGCUCUGUGUUGUCUUUAAAUUAAUAAAGAAAAGGAUAAAAUAAUGGACCAGUCCAGUCCCGUGCAACAACAGAAUCUCAUACUCAAUGGUAAAGGUAUGCAUGUACAGGUCAAACCUGCCUUUGGGUUGCGUUUUCUUAAAUGGUACUUUAUGAUGGGUGAACAAAAUUAAAGCCAACAAACAUGUUAUUAUGACAUCCUUAUUACUAAGGAAUUUUAUUGAUCCUAUUGUAACAGUGUCUACUGGCAUUGGCAUAAUUUCAUUUGAAAAUACACUGUUUUGUUACAAAGAAUUUGAAACAGAAAAAGAAGUGUCACAUGGAGCUUUUUUUUUUUUUUUUGCUUUGCUCCAUAAUGUACAAACUUACAGCCAAAUUAGGCUAACAGCUGGUUUUCAGUUAUCCGGAAUAUGUGCUCAGAAAAACAGAAAACAAUGCUUUAACACAAAGUAUGUUUUUUCACAUGGCACAGAUCAUUAAAUGGAGCAUAAAGCCAAAUGAUUCCAGCAUUUACAUAACAGUGUGACAAAUAAGCUGAUUUUAAUUCCAUGUCCUUUAAAAACAAAAACAGAAAAACAUCGAAGACCAGAACAUUUUUGCAUCUAGCCUCCAUGCUUGUGAAAUAAAAAUAUAAAUUUUACCCUAAACAGAAACCAUUAAAUUGGUCGCUUUACAUGGAUCGACUUUAUAACAAUAUCAGUUAUAUUUGUUACUUAGGUCUAUCAAAACAGAACAGUAACUUUACUGUAUAAACACAUUUGUGUUUUAAUGCUGCAGAGGAGUAUUUAUAAUGUCUUCAAACAAUGAUAACAAACAAAAAUGUCAAAUAACUGCAGCUUUCCUUUAACUACUUGAAAAAGAGCAUUAUUGUUUAAUUUUAGCCCAAUCCAGACUGCAGUUUUAUGGAACCAGAUGAGGAAAGCAAAACAAAUAAGAUAAGUACACACAAUGUCCCAAUGUAGUGGGGUAGGAAGGGUACUUUUCUUUUGCUAAAUUCUGCCUACUUCCUCUCCUUCAUUUCUCAUCUUCCAGAAAGGACUUUCCCCAACUCACCAUCUCUCAAAUAAUAUUUUUGUUCUCUUUGGGUAUUUUCUGAAACCUUAACAUUGACGAAUUAUUAAUUUCAUAUGGUAAACAAAAUGCACCUAGAAAAACUUGACUUUUUUGACCACAUCAGGAAAAGUUAGACUGGAGGUGAUAGUUUGAAUUCUACUUUGGAAGUGAAACCCCAGUUAUAAAUGCAAGCCGCAUGAUUGAUUCAUUGUUUAGUUCUUUUGAGAAAGCUUCUUCUCCAAAAUGUAUAUGAAAAUGUAAUCAAAUGUUUGCAAUUAAUGAUUAAGUCCUUGCAAAUCACAAAACAUGGCUUAAACCAGUGUAAGCAGAGAUUUUUGUUUUGCUUUGAAACAUGUUUGAAUGCUUCUUUAGAAUGACUUUCUAACACGAUAGCUGCGUGCUGCAUACUGUAUGUACACACUCAUAUUUACAUAGUGCAACUUGAGAUCACUGCUUUUUAUUAUUCAAGUCAAACAUUGUUAUUCACAUUCUCAAACACCAGGACCUUCUUUCUCAAAGACGCUAGUGCCCUUAAAAAAAGGGUAUAGUCAGUCCAAACAUGACCUGGCCUUCUGAAUGGACUGCCUUUUAUAGUGUAGAUGUUUAUAGACUUCAAAAAAUAAAAUGCAUCCAUAGAAAACUAGUGAUAGUGUUUGUAAAAAAAACAGUCUAAUAAUUCUAAUGUGACAGUAUCAGAGAUGCAUCUGGGCCAGAAUGAUAAUAUAAACCCCAUUUUGUUUCAUGUCUUCCAAACGAACACCUACC